GGCGGCGGCGGCGGGCGCGGCGGGCGCGGCAACGUCCCCCGGAAGUGGAGCCCGGGACUUCCACUCGUGCGUGAGGCGAGCGGAGCCGGAGAGCAGAGCCGAAGCCGAACUCGGGUGCUGACAAGAUGGCCGGGCUGCCCCGCAGGAUCAUCAAGGAAACCCAGCGUUUGCUGGCAGAACCAGUUCCUGGCAUUAAAGCAGAACCAGAUGAGAGCAACGCCCGUUAUUUUCAUGUGGUCAUUGCUGGCCCCCAGGAUUCCCCCUUUGAGGGAGGGACUUUUAAACUUGAACUAUUCCUUCCAGAAGAAUACCCAAUGGCAGCCCCUAAAGUACGUUUUAUGACCAAAAUUUAUCAUCCUAAUGUAGACAAGUUGGGAAGAAUAUGUUUAGAUAUUUUGAAAGAUAAGUGGUCCCCAGCUCUGCAGAUCCGCACAGUUCUGCUAUCGAUCCAGGCUUUGUUAAGUGCUCCCAAUCCAGAUGAUCCAUUAGCAAAUGAUGUAGCGGAGCAGUGGAAGACCAACGAAGCCCAAGCCAUAGAAACAGCUAGAGCAUGGACUAGGCUAUAUGCCAUGAAUAAUAUUUAAAUCGAUCUGAUCAUCAAGUGUGCAUCACUUCUCCUGUUCUGCCAAGACUUCUUCCUUUUUUGUUUGCAUUUAAUGGACACAGUCUUAGAAACAUUACAGAAUAAAAGCCCAGACAUCUUCAGUCCUUUGGUGAUUAAAUGCACAUUAGCAAAUCUAUGUCUUGUCCUGAUUCACUGUUGUAAAAGCAUGAGCAGAGGCUAGAAGUAUCAUCUGGAUUGUUGUGAAACGUUUAAAAGCAGUGGCUCUCACUGCUUUUAUUCAUUUCCCCCAUCAUGGUUUAAGUAUAAAGCACUGUGAAUGAAGGUAGUUGUCAGGGUUAGCUGCAGGGGUGUGGGUGUUUUUAUUUUAUUUUAUUUUUUUUGGGGGGGGAAGGUAGUUUUAUAUUUUAUGGCUCCUUUCCCCCUUAUUAUGGUGAUCUAAUUGCAUUGGUUAAAAGCAGCUAACCAGUUCUUUAGAAUAUACUCUCUAGCCAAGUCUAACUUUAUUUAGACGCUGUAGAUGGACAAGCUUGAUUGUUUGAACCAAAAUGGGAACAUUAAACAAACAUCACAGCCCUCACUAAUAAGAUUGUGACUUUGCUGUCAAGUGUAGAAUCCUCCCUUCAAGAAAAAGCUUGUGACCAUUUUGUAUGGCUUGUCUGGAAACUUCUGUAAAUCUUAUGUUUUAGUAAAAUAUUUUUUGUUAUUCUACUUUGCCUUUGUAGAGUUUAUUUUACUGUGUUUAUUUCAUUUUCCCAGUGUGACAAUCGUAUUUAAAAAAUUAAAGCUGAUGGGCCAUUCUGAAAUAGAAUGGCAAAGAUGGAUUUUCCCCCCCACCGAUGCAAAUUUGUGUCACAGUAUCACUGAAUGAAUGGAGUAUUUAUAAGCUGCCCCUGAGCAUGCAUAAAGCAUCAGUAUCUGACUUCUUUUUUCAACCCCCUAGAAAUUUGAAUUAAAUGUUUUUGUGUUAUCUAAUUUAGGUGAUCUUUGGUGUCUUACCACAGUGCUUGAAAAUUACAGGAGAAUCACAACAAAGCAGAAGUUGUGACUGAGUUUCACCAUGUGUUUUGCCAUGUUUGUGUCUGGCGUUUGGGUUACAAUCUUUCCCUUAGUUCUUGUCUGAAAACUUUGUGUAGAACCAACCUCUGGUGUGUAUUUUUAGGAAACAACAUUCUGAUCAUCACUUGGCGAUUUGCUGAGCUAUUUGAGUCUUCCUUAUAUACCUGACGAGCAGAUCUCAAGCAACCAGCUGGCACUUAAGUGUCAUCACCAGAAGGGUUCCGAUGCCAGCACGACUCCUGCAGUCAAUGAAUCUUGGCAUUCAUCCCUCUAGUAUUUGUGAUGGGAGCUCCUUUUAUUUUGAUACCUGGUAAAUUGUAUCUGCAUUGAUAGAAUCUCUGCCCUCCAGAUUUUUUAAACUGUUAUUUCUCAUCACUCUUAUUCCUAAUUUUUGUCAUUUGAAAGUCAUCACUGUAGCCAGUAUGUAUAAUUGUGAACUGCAGGUUGAAAUCGUUUCUCUUGCAGUUGAAGGUAAUGGAUAUUAUGGUCCAUCUGAAUUUUCCCCACUCUUAUUCACGUAACUUCUGGAGUUUCUUCAGAAUGUGGUGUAUUUUAUUGUGUUCCUAUGUAAGAUGAAUUAUCUAUUAAAAUUACAUUUUCAACAUACAGGAGUUUUUGAUGACUGGUAACUGGUUUCCCGCCAAAUGUGCAUUGCUUGGAAACAAAUGUUAGUAUAAUUCAGUUGUCCUUUAUAACUUAGAAGGUAUUUUGGUAACCAAGGAAACAAUCUGAUUCUUGUCAGGGACCCAAAUCAAUGAAAAUUCAAGUCAUUGAAUAGAGGCGAACUUCUGUUUUCUUCUAGGUGCCACUGUUUCAAAUGAUAGUAUGAUAGUGGUUUACAGCUUAUAAAUUUCCAGACAAAUCUGUUGCACCACUAAAAUCUCAAAUAGGACUGUGAUAUCUAUUGAGUUUGUGAAUCACAAAAGUGUAGAAAUGAACUGAAUUAAUGUUAUUUCGAAUGGAUUUGUAAUUUCCAGGCAUGAUUUUUCUCCCCUUUGUUUUGGUGGGUCCCCAUUGUUCUUUUGGGUUUUCUUUCUUUUUUAAAAUAAGGUUUGCUUUCUCAUCUUGUGGGAUGAAAGAGCCAAUGUCUUGACUGGUUACUUCUCAGGGAAGAGAUCAAAGAAGCUGGCAGCAGCACCUGGAUUUUGGGCCUGCUUCCCGUGUUGCACCCAGUACUCAUUCAAUGUUGAGUAUUGAAACAAAAUAAUGCCCAUGAAAGUCUUAGCAGUCACGACCCCUCAUCAGGCAUGGCACUUGCUAGGCGCAGCAGCCACCCCAAGUAGAACUUGUCAUUCUACUCUUCUCAUUCUGCCCUGCCCGUGACCUCUAGAUAAUCCUGUUCCCUUCGAAAACCUUUGACCGAAGGAAAUUAUUUAACAAAAAUACUUAAUAUAUGCUCACCGCUAUUUUGGAGGGGGUGGUAAGAUGAAUGACCCUGCUUCCAGAGAUGCACUAUGUAGUCUUUUGAGGGGCAGGGGUGGGGCAGAUGCUGGAUAACCAACAGCUAUAGUUCAGCUUGGAGAAGAAAAGGACUUGGGGGUGAGGUAUGCCAUGGUCAGGGCAUUGUUCAGUUCACAUGGGGACAAUAGCUAGAGCUGUAGGAGAGGAAAUCAAUCUGAUAAGUAAUAACUUCUUGUAAAGUAAGCUCUGUCCAUGGAGCUUUUCUGAAAUGUUGGUGUUGAUAAGAGCCUACGUUAUCCUUAGAUUUUUAAAAUUUGGUCUUAGUCUAUUUUGCUGUGAUUUGCUGCUACACGAGAUAUUAUUAGUUCACAGAUGCUGCCUAGUAAGUAAGAUGCUAGGUCUGAAGUAAAGAGAAUUUAAUCUUUCUCUAGGUCAGAAACAUUUAAAAUUUCAGAAGCAUUUAAAACAAAUCAUUAUACAAAAGCCAGUGGUUUAAUGCUAUUAAAGGCUAGCUGUGGAAGAAAUUGAUAUCCUGUAACAGUUUUCAGUGUUCUGCUAAACUGGUGUUUGAAGAUCACUGUCCUCUUAAGACAGCCUGAAUACAAUUUUAGCUGAAUGGAAUUAAAUGUUGCUAAAGGGAUAAUGGGGAUUGGUUUCACUUUUAAGUUUUUUCUGACAGAUGGCUCAGGAAGGUGUUUUGGUUCUUUUUGUUUGGUUACUCUAGCCACAUCACUUUGGUUUUUUUUUUUUCCCCUCAUUGCAAAGGUUUAAAAAAAAAUUUCAAAAAGGUAACAGCCUUAGCUAGAAAAACUGGCCAAAAAUAAUUCUAAAAGCCAUGACCUAGUUUAUCAGUCUAUUUAAGAAAAAAUGUAAUUUAACUGGAAUAAAAUAAUGUAUUUGGGGACUGGGGCAACAUUUCAUUUAGCUCUUUAGCAUGCCUGUCUAAGGAAUUAUAUCAGGGGUUUAUUUUUAAAUGAUCACAAGAGCAAAAUAUGUUGAAUGUAAUAACUUGAAAGAAAUAUAAAGAAUAAAGACCUGUAAUCUACCACCAA